GUCGCCGCGGCCGCCCACACGGCUCCACCUCAUCAUCGUCUCCAGCUCUCCAUCGCCUCUCCUCUGCCAUUUAGAUCGAGUCCCCCCCCCCCCCCCGCUGAACACCCGACCAAGCAGCUGCCUCGCUUGCAUCGAUUGAGCGGGCGCCAUGUCGAUGCUGGACGCGUUCUUCAGCAAGGGAGGAGGCGGCGGCGGCGGCUUCCGCGGCGCCAAGUGCAAGACGCUGCUGAAGCUGACGAUCCCGCGGAUAAAGCUGCUGCGGAACAGGCGGGAGCUGCAGCUGCGCCAGAUGCGGAGGGACAUCGCCAAGCUCCUCGAGGCGGGGCAGGAGGCCACCGCGCGCAUCAGGGUGGAGCACAUCAUCCGGGAGGAGAACAUGAUGGCCGCGCAGGAGAUCCUCGAGCUCUUCUGCGAGCUCGUCGCCGUCCGCCUGCCCAUCAUCGAGGCGCAAAAGGAAUGUCCUAUUGAUCUCAAAGAAGCAAUAUCCAGCAUCUGUUUUGCUUCUCCAAGGUGUGCAGAUCUUCCUGAACUGAUGCAAGUUCAAAUGAUGUUUGCAACUAAAUAUGGGAAGGAGUUUGUUGCUGCAGCUUCAGAGCUGAUGCCAGAUUGUGGGGUCAAUCGGCAGAUAAUUGAACUACUUUCUAUUCGCCCUCCUCCUGUUGAUGCAAAGCUGAAACUGCUGAAAGAGAUCGCUGAGGAGCAUGAAGUUGAUUGGGAUCCAUCAGAGACGGAGACAGAAUUUCUGAAACCUCAUGCAGAUCUAUUGAAUGGACCAACCUACUUCAAUGGUUCCAUGCUGCCUCUUCCCAAGGAGAAACACGAGGAAACAGUAGCUGCAAGUGCUGCGGAGCAGCCUGAUGAAGACUAUGAGUCAGAUACAGGUCUUGAGUCACUGGAUUUGCCUGAAGUCCCAAAAGCUGCAAUUCGUCCACCUUCCGAUGCACCAUCAACCCCAGAUAUUGGUCCACAUGUUCAAAGCUCACAGUCAGUUCCUCAUGAAUUUUCAAAUCCUACCGACUUGGAAGUGAAUCCAACAGCUGAUGGUCCUUUUAGGAUUCAGAUGAAAAGUUUGGAACAUCUAGUUUCUGCACCAUCUGCUCAGUCAAAUAUACCAGAUUUGCCAAAUGAAAAGAAGCAAUUUAUUCCUUUUGCCUCUCCACCGCCAGUUGUUGCAACUUCUUCGACGGAGAAAACCGAGUCAAUUCCCUCACCUUCUCCAUCUCCUCCAGUGAGGCCAACAGAGCCAGAAAUCUUCACGAAGAAAAUUGAUGAAGUGACCCCACCUCCGGUACCUCCUACUGAUUACAUGUUCUCGAAACAACCAGAACAGGUACACGCAACCUCUCCUACUGAGAGUGGGCCAAAUAUAGACUUGGACGACGUAUUAUCUGCUGCUCAGACAGCUGCUGACUCAGCAGAGCGAGCCGCAUCAGCGGCUCGUGCUGCUGCAAACCUAGCACAACUGCGCAUUGCAGAUCUAAAGAAGAGUGCCAAGGCUUAUGAGAAGUACGGCGAUGGUGUCCAAAAGGAAGGCCAACAUCAGACUGAGGUGACGCAGAAACCAGUAUUUGAUCACAAGGACUCCUUUACCAAUGAUACACAGCACUAUGUGCCUUCUCAUAUGCCUCAGAGAUCUCCUUCUUUGGAGGACGAUCCAUAUUUCUCCUAUCCCAACCUGUUCUCGUCACCAAAACCUUGAGUGUGGAAACUAGUGGUCUGCGAAUUAGUUCUUCAGCAUAAGCUUGAAGUCUCUACAAUGUCGCUUGUUCAGUUCUGUUUGGUCCCGUUCUUGUAUUUGGCUGUCGCCCGGAAAAUUCUGUGUAUGCUGAGUUGAUACAUAAAAGGACUAAAGGAGGCUGGUGCAUUACUAUUAGGUAGGUUACUACCCGUGCUGUGCAGUGUCUGUAAACUGUAAAUGUGAGGUGCUUGUAUCAACUUUCCGAAAUUUGCCCCCACCUGUACAGACUACAGGUAAUAAAAACUGAAUAUUAGUAAAUAAUGUUCCUUGUCAUUCUGUCGUGGCGCUCUGCCUGAAGAUAAUUGUUCCACUCGGCGUGUUGCCGUUCAGAGAACAGUGACUAAGCGCUGCUGUAAUAUCCAAGUAGUUGCGCUUCCUUUUGGAGCGUUGCAAUUGCAUCUCUCUUUGAUUUCUUGUAAUGGUUUGAAACAGCGUGGACGACAUGAUGUACCUUGGUCAUUUGCUCUGUUUGCAAUUUCUAUUGAAUCAUAAUUUUAUUUGCUUAA